AUGCGCAUCGACAACGGUAGCCUUGGCACUCCUGACCGUCCGUCCGAUGCCCUCUGGGAGGUCCGCAUGACACCGGACAAAGGUCGCGGCCUUUUUGCACUGGUGGACAUCCUGCGAGGUCGGCGGCUCCUCGUCGAAGACCCUCUGGUCACAGUCAUGCCGCCACCGGUGGUGCCCGGCGUGGGUUUCUCCAUCGCGGCCUUACAGCCCGUCGUGGCCGACGCGUAUGCGCGGCUGACAGACAGCCAGCAAGAAGCGUACUUGUCCUGCCACGAGGUGCGCUUCGGCGACGAGGGGAAGGACGAGACGGACAACGACGGCGUAUACAGCAGCCGCCUCAUGCGCAUCCUUCGAAGCAACGCGUACAACACACGCGAUGGACGUGUUGCCCUCUAUCCAGACGUCGCCCUCAUCAAUCACGAUUGUCGCCCCAACGUGCUCAACACGGACGUCUUGGACCCAACGACGGGCGUGUACCGCCGUGUCAUUGUCGCUGCCCGCGCCAUUGCCGCUGGCGACGAACUUGUCACGACAUACAUCCCGCUGCUGGCCGACACGGCGACACGUCGUACACGUCUUGCCCAGUACGGCUUUACGUGCAUGUGCACGUCCUGUGCGGCUGCAUCGGUGCAUGACGAUGCCGAGCGCGUGCACAUGCAGCACGUACUCGAUGAGCUCGAGGAAGCUGCUGCCUUGGGCCCCGGCAGCCAGGAACGGGAGCUUGCUUUCGCGCACCGGGCUGGCAAGCUAGCUGCCUACAUUGCCGAGCAUGGAUUUGUGGACUACGCCGUGCGCACGAGCAAAUUGGCUGCCGAGUUUGCUCUCCGUGCGGGCGAUACGGAAGCAUCUGCACAUUGGGCCGAGGUUCAUCACGAAGAUUUAGAAAUGGCGGGUGACCAAAAUGAGGACGGCAUUUGA